ACCGCCAAUAAACCUCAAAGAAGAAGAUUACAAAAGGCGGCUGCUGGGUUUGUUGACUUUCUCUGAGGAAUGGCGGACCCCAUGGAGGUUCACUUUUCGGUGAAUGACUUCACUUCGACUGUCUCGAGCCACGCCGGCAACUCAAGUUCUGCAAAUCCCCGUGACCCACAGCGCCAUUCGGUUCAUGCACAGUCAGUGGAACCCACACAACGUGAUCAUGAUUAUUGCAAGACGGGCAGUAGGCAAGAUGUGCAAUAUAAGUCGACUCAAUAUAAGACGACUCAAUAUAAGACGACUCAAUAUAAGAUGACUCGAUAUGAUGACGUUGGAUACCCGUUUAUUGAUAAUGACCACAAGGCUUUGCACUACAUCGGUAUCGCCCUGGAUGUAUUUAACAUCCUUGUGUCUUCACUGGAAGGAAACACUAGCAAUACAUUUCCAAUGUCUCUGCGGAAUCAAGUUCUCCUGACGCUUAUGAUGUUAAAGACCAACCGUGACAUUGCUAAGCUGGCCGAACAGUUUCGCGUAUCGGAGAGCAUGGCUAGCAAGAUCGUCUCGUUUUGGAUCGACGAACUGGAGAAAGUUCUGCAACCUCUAAUUCCGUGGCUUCCCAAAGAAACCAUUGAAGCAACCAUGCCCCAAGCAUUUAGGAAGCACUAUCCUAACACAACGUGUGUUUUACAGUUCUGUCAGUGCUAUGUGCAAAAAAACCCAAACCGUGAGUCAAGAGGGGAACCGCACGUCCACUAUUAUGACACGGUGAAAUUUUUGGUUGCUGUCGCCCCAUGUGGACUCAUCAUGUUCAUCUCUGGAGCUUAUGAGGUGCACAGCAGUGACAAAAGCAUAACCUUGAACUCGGGACUUUUCGACAAAUUAAAAGCCGGAGAUGUGUUCAUGACACAACAUGGAUAUUGCUCCAGAAAUGUGUCAUCCACUAGCCACGUUGCUAGAGCAAUCCAACAUUUGAAGGUUUACAAAAUAUUAUCACGCGUUGUUUCGAAUCGCAUGGCUCCUCAAAUCAACAAGAUUCUGAGAAUAUGUUCCGCUCUUGUCAAUUUAAGAUACGAUGUCGUCCAUGCCUCGCAGUAAUUGAGCAUGUGAUCAACAUGAGUGGACUUAAUCUACUUGGUUGUCAAGAACCGUCCAAAGAAAUGGUGCAGUAUUAAUCUCUGAUGGUUGAAAAAUGUUUUGGGGGGAAAAAAACAUGUUAGGGAGUUGGGGAAUUUGUGUGAAUAGUUUUUGCAUGUUUUAUAUUUACAUUACAUUCUUUUUAUUAUAUUUAUUUACAUUUUUUAAAACUCUGACAACUUGGAAGGUGGAGAACAAUAAGUAACCACUCUCAUCGUGUAAUGUCAUCAGCUUGUUUUGAAUAUGACGUGACUGUUUUUUACUUUUCUUACUCAUUUGCAGUAAAAUGUACUGUAUCAAACAUCGUUGCACAUCUCUUCAUUCUUAAAACGGAAAUGAAACGACUGUGAAGGCAUGUUUUAACGUGACAUUGAAAGAGUUGA